AAGAAAAUGACAUUUGUAUUUCUAUUCUUUUCCUUUGGAAAGACGUCUUGUCUACAUGUACUGAUAACCCGCAGACCGACCGAGAAAAACAGCAAAAAGUCCCAAAUUCUUGUGUAUCAUCAACUCCAGAAAAGACCAAACAGACAGACCCCCGGGAAACGCCACGCCACUUUUUCCUACUCCUCCCUGUGUGAUUCUCACAUGAAUACCCGAAAGACGAUGCGAAAAGAAAGACAGAAGAAAUCUAGAGAGGGUUCAAAUCAUCAUUUCCUCCUCGCUCGUCUCUGUUAAGCUCCCUUCACUCUCGGUACAAGGAAAAGUUUUCGAACCGUCAAGACCGUUGAGAUGUUCAGAGUUAUGUGCCGUAAGCGGGUUCCCAUUCUCCGAGAUAUUAAUUAGUGUCGGGCAAUCGGUCUUGCUGUCUACUUUGCCCAUUAUCUCAUUGAGUUUUGACAUUACUUCUUUUCUUUCGGCUUGCGCUUUUUCCAAUUUCUCUUUUCUACUCUUUUCAAUCUUUGCGGCUUUAGCAAUCUUCUUGGCACUUCGAUUAUCUUGAACUCUUCCGAAAGCAACGACUUGUACGAGGACCAUGAGAAUUGUGUAUCCCCAGCACAAUUGAUCAUUAUCGUGCAUGUCAAGAUACGGUGUGGAACCGGGGAGCGGACCAAGGCGUUCGAAUGUAGGAUGGGGCGAUCGGGAAGCAGUUGGUGGGGGUGGCAUGUAAUGCGAUACGAAAGUGUUUAUGAGAUGGAGAAUGAAGGCGGGGUUAAGUAUGAUUGCGGGUAGCAGGUAGGUGGAGGAUAUGGAAGGCAUCGUUGUUGAUUUGGUUUCUGGGAUUGAUUAGCGCCUUUCUUGUUUUGUUGUUUCCCCGGGUAUUCCCAGUACUUACAUGGUCUUUUGCUUCCUAUUUUCAUUUCAUUUAUUCACAGCGAGCCGUACGUGGUGGCUCGACCUGUGAUCACUAGUCUCUUGAUUCUCCAGGGUGAGCUGGAUGAAUGAAGGAUUCCGAUCAAGUGAGGUGUUUCCGGGGGACUUGUGUUGAAGUGGAGGAUGGUAUUUGAGUUGAUUGUUGGUGUUCGCUUCAAGCUGGUUUCAAUUCGUGGUUGCGGGGAGUCAAUAGUUGUUGUUGAACAAUUGCUUGUGCAACCCCGCUGCCUUUGAGGAUACGAUGACGUUCUGGUGGUUCGUGCGAAACAGGUUUGCGCCGAGGUGGUGGUGAGUGUUGAGCAAAAAGAAAUACUGUAGGUGUGAUAUCCAGGUUGCAAACGAGAGUCGAGAGUCCGUACUGUAUGAGAGCAAUUGGGGUGUUUCAGCAGUGUCAGUGCUUGGAUGGUGGUGCAAUGGGAAUGGGAGCAGAGAGAGAAGAGACGGGAGGUUGAGCAUGUGCAGGUGUUCUUUUGUUUGCCAAAGUAGGUAGGUUGGUAGGCUCGCAGGGCUGGAAAUAAGAGCCUGCUCGGGGACCUGAACCUGAGCCUGGGAAUGGAGAAGACGAUUGUGGAUUGCAGCUUCCUUCCCACAUCAACUUUUCCUGCACCCCAGCGAGCCCAAACUAGGUACCUGCCUAGGUAGCUACUCGAGUACACCUAUCGUUCUACAUGAGCCUAUCACAGAUCACCAGUCGGCCAUAUUAUGGCAGAUUGACACUUUUUUGACAUGUGCGUGAUGCUUUACUUGGUACCGAGGCGCUGUGUAGGCACGGAAACCGGUCUUUCAAACGAUGAGGAAGAGGGAAAUCAGGCUCCAUUUUCAAGCACCAAAGUUUCAGGGUCCUCAGACCAGCAUCAGCUCCGAUGGUGCGGUGCCAGGAGCCAGCCCAGCGCCAGGUCCCUGGAGUGAUCCGCGUUGGCGGUGAAUUUGACAGAAGAGGCUCGACAGCUGCGGGCACCACUAAGAUGGAAGCUAAAAAUAAACAUGCCCGCUGUGGCUGAAAACUGUGGCUCCCCCGGCCCGGCCCUGGCUCAUUGAAUGAGGCUACCACGGCUACGAGCCACGUAGCAACAGUAGGGAGACAAGGCUAACAUUGUGGCAGCUUCUAUCAACCCAACCCUAAGAAAAUCACCUAUCGCAACACGUCAAUUCUCUGAAACAAAACCACCAACUAGCAACGGCCGUGAGCCUUACCAUAACCAACCAUGGUAUGCUUGAGAACCUACUCUACCGACCCCCUCGCAGAAACUAACAAACGUCCCCUCCAGAACUCCCUCUUCAACACCGCCCUCAAGCAAUCCACCUCCCUCAAACACGACCUUUCCUCCCCCCCAUCCAGCACCCAACUCACCCCCUCCCUCCUCGGCCAAAUCUCCGCAUCACUAACCUCCUUCUCGCGGACGCUGGACCAAUACGCCGACCUCACCAAAACCGAGCUGAACCCCUCCAAAAAAGAAAAAGCCUACGAGAGAAUAGACACCUUCCGGACAGAAUUACAAUCCUUCCGUGAGCAACUCAAGGAACUCAAAGCGCAGAGCGAAGACGUAACAGCGACUGUAAACCGCCAGGAACUAUUAGGGCGACGACCACAUCACACCAGCACGCCGGAUAAUCCCUAUUCCAAUGCGGCGAUAGCUUCAAACGCGAAUGCGCAUAAUCCGUGGGCGCCAAAGGAGAGAGGGGAGCAGUCGAGUCUGGGAAUGGGGAGUGGAGAUCAGAUGAGGGAGAACCAUGCGUUGCGGGAACAGAACUUCUUUGCGAAUACCAAUAGUGCAUUGGAUGAGUACCUGGCGAGGGGACAGGCUGUAUUAGGAGAUUUGGCGCAGCAAAAGGAGAUGUUGAAGGGGACGCAGAAGAGACUGUAUAGUGUUGCGAAUACGCUUGGUAUUAGUGGCGAUACGAUACGGAUGGUGGAGCGGAGAGCAAAGCAGGAUAAAUGGAUCUUUGGGGUGGGCGUGGUUGUUUUCUUCCUGUUUUGCUGGCUGGUACUGCAUUAUUUACGAUAGUCUCAUGGGGCUUUGAGGGUGUUUUAUAGGUACGAUAUGGAAUUGGAGA